UUAUCGACUGCGGAGACAGGCGAAGGCGACCAAGAGGACCUUGGGCAUCCUGAACUCCUCGGAGAUGUCUUCUAAUAUAACUACUUGUGUCUUCACGCAACACGUCAUAUUCGAUUGGUUGAACUGAUUGUACGAUGGGACUAAGUUUGGCCAGUAAAUUUAUCUUAUUACUCCUUUUUUUGGAACUGAUAGCCUCUAGGCCUGACUCGGUAGAUGCUGCAGGGGCAUGUGACGCGGUAUUCAAGGGUUUCUCUAACUGCUUGCUAAACCUAGGGGAAAACAUGGUCAACUACCCUCAGGCCCUCAACGACAGAGAAAACCUUCAGACCCUCUGCUCGUAUUGGGAUGACUUUCACUCUUGUGCCACCACAGCACUCGCUGAUUGCCAAGAGGGUGCAACUGAGAUCUGGGAGCAACUUAAACAGCAAUCCAGGAGUUUUAACUUUGAGGGGAGCCUAUUUGAACUGUGUGCAGGAAACAGCAGGGCAUUUAAACAUAGCUUGUCUUAUGGAGUAACGAUAAUGUUUACAGCUCUUUCCCCACUGGUGACAUGGCUUUCUUACUGAGACGGGAAGACAAAAUAAAGCAAAGCCAAGGACCGCCAUUAGGCAAUUUUGCCUAAUGGGCAUCUACAUCUCAUAGGAAGCAGUGCAUUAAACCGUAAUUAUGGAGUUAUGGCAUGGGACAACAGGCCAUUAUCGCGAAAAAAAAGUAUUUACUGUGGUUUGCCAGGUUUUUAAUGCAUGAUAAGAUCGGCUGCUUUCCAAGCAUUAUCCAAUGACAAGUGAUUAUAGUAUUUAUUUUCUGUUGAAGUGUAUUGCACAAUUUUCUUUUUUUGUUUGUUGUCAGUCUUGAUGUUGACCUAAUUGAGUUGAAAGAUAUCUCUAGAGUAUGUUGUUGGGGCAUUUAGAAAAGAAGUUCAAACUCAGGAAAUAUCAGGUCUUAAGAACUCAUCUAAAUCAAAUUAGCAAAUCAGCAAACGUUGUCUAUUCUCACAAAAAAAUGGCGAUAUGUUUUCAUGUGUAUUGCUGUGGUAACAAAGAGUCCUGUGAUUUAAUUCAAGUUUGUUUGCUUGGACAUACUUCCUUUUGCACUUUUGAUAUGCUUUACAUGUCAUAUAUUAUUUGUAUAUACUUAUGAAUAAAUUAUGAAUUACUAUCAAAUAUGUCUGGCUACAAUAAGACCAAGGAAGUAGAGAGAAAAACAUAGUACAAUGCUUCAAUGAGUAUCAGUGUGUUUCUACGAUGUAUUUCUAGACACAAUGAAGACUACAAAACAAUUGCAAUUAAAGUGAGUUUUUACCAUA